AUGAGAAGGACUGUUCUUCUCAAGAUACUUUGGGUGCUCCCUUUAGUUGCUGUAUCUAGAGGGUACUUGGAGAUUUGGGCGGUCAAUCCAUACGAAUCCACCUGUACUGGUGGGACCGUUUCUUUUGAAGCUGAAGUUACUGGCGCUGAAGCCGAAUUCGUCAUAGAGUGGUGGUCUCAUAGCGCUGGCCAGUACUUGGAUGACAGUGAGCAUUUUUCUCUGGAUGAGAACAAAACGGUGCUGACCAUAACUAAUGCCUUACCACCUCAUGUUGGACUCUACUACGCCAAUAUUAGAUAUGUCACUGAGUACAGCUUUCGUGAUUUCGACAUAUUUCAUUUGGAGGUUGAGGGGUACUUGGAGAUUUGGGCGGUCAAUCCAUACGAAUCCACCUGUACUGGUGGGACCGUUUCUUUUGAAGCUGAAGUUACUGGCGCUGAAGCCGAAUUCGUCAUAGAGUGGUGGUCUCAUAGCGCUGGCCAGUACUUGGAUGACAGUGAGCAUUUUUCUCUGGAUGAGAACAAAACGGUGCUGACCAUAACUAAUGCCUUACCACCUCAUGUUGGACUCUACUACGCCAAUAUUAGAUAUGUCACUGAGUACAGCUUUCGUGAUUUCGACAUAUUUCAUUUGGAGUGUUCCUCCUCUACAGGGUACUUGGAGAUUUGGGCGGUCAAUCCAUACGAAUCCACCUGUACUGGUGGGACCGUUUCUUUUGAAGCUGAAGUUACUGGCGCUGAAGCCGAAUUCGUCAUAGAGUGGUGGUCUCAUAGCGCUGGCCAGUACUUGGAUGACAGUGAGCAUUUUUCUCUGGAUGAGAACAAAACGGUGCUGACCAUAACUAAUGCCUUACCACCUCAUGUUGGACUCUACUACGCCAAUAUUAGAUAUGUCACUGAGUACAGCUUUCGUGAUUUCGACAUAUUUCAUUUGGAGGUUGAGGAUAUACAUCUUCACACCUUAGUAAAGAGCCCGGUUAAAAUAGAGUUUGGUGGUAAAGGUAUUUUGAAGGUUAAUAAAUCCGAGGGAGGCGAGCUAUUUUGGAUUCAUAACGGAAAUCUGAUACAAGUCAGUCAGGACAGUCAAUACACAUUUGUGGAUGGACAAGGUUCAUGGGGGACUGCGCUCGAAAUUUCUGAUGCGACUGCGGAGCAGGGGGGGUUAUACGAGGUCGUACUCAAAAAGGGUGGUUGCCAGGUUCGUAACGUCAUUGACGUGCAAGUACAAGAGCCUGUGGAGGACACAGAGGCUGUUCCCACAGAAGACCCUAAGCUCUGGGGAAUAAUUGACCGCAAAUACCUGGGGAUCUUCAGUGGAGAUUUCACUGGCGAGUGGUACUUUGCCCCUUUGGUUCUGGGACCUGUAGUUGUUUUAUUACUUGUGCUUGUAGUGUGCAUGAUCAGACGGUCUCGAUCAGGAAAGCGUUCCAAGAAAGAUAAAGGCGAAGUAGAGGUAACUCACCGCGUGGUUUUUGAAGAACCUAUAUACACUGUACAAGACCAGGUGUUCUAUCCACCCGCUGACCGAACUUACGACAUCGCACCUGUGACGUCAAGUCAUCCUCAGUCCCCCAGCUUGGGCACGUAUGGAGAUAUGUCCAUAUAUGGUAGGACUAAUGGCGGUAUGUCUACCUAUGACACGCGUCACGGUCCAACAGUUUCACCACCAGCAUCAGGAUACAAUGCAAUGAGCGACCAUGAGUUUUUUAGCGACGAAUAUAAUUAAGAAACUUGUUAACUUUGGAAUACAAAUUAUGCUCUCUUCCAAGUGAAUGGAGCUUUUCUUGAGAGGACGAUCCUCUAAAUGUCAAUUUCAAGUUGUGUACUCGCUACAGCUUUGAAUUUUUAGUGGUAGACACCUUCAACACAGUUGGAAGUAAAUUACGUUUUCUUUGAAAUAAACACUAGAAGCGGUCUCGGAGAAACUAAGUUA